AGAUUCGUCCCUCUCUCCCUCUCCCUAUUCGUUUUUUUUUUUUCCAAUUAAUUAAUUCGCCGUUCACCUCUCCUUCUCGCGUCUUACUCAACCCUCCUAAUCUCGUCUCUUCCCGCCCACUAAUAAGAUGCUUCUGUCGACUUGGGCCUGACGCACCCGGGGCAAACAGCGCACCACUACUUUUCCGUUUGCCUCUUACUCUCCCCUCCCUCUCUUUCUCUCUUCGCCGUCCUGUGCCUUUCCCUCCUUCUUUCUUCUUCUUCCGUUCUGGCAUUUCCUCGCAUACGCUCGAGUCAUGUCCAUUUGAUUUCCAUCCUACCUGUCGUCUCUGAUCUGGCAUCCGGUGAAUAGGCAGAGUCCAACUAGCCGACAUGGCGAUACACGAUGGAGCCGUUUUCUCGCCUAAACCCCAGCCCCCCACUGGAAGCGCCGAGGGGAAUGCGGCGAACGGUAUUUUCCGUAUCAAGACUGCCGGCGAGAGCGGGCGAAGGGGUGUCCAUCCUAUCCAAUUUUUGCUCAUCAUCUGGCGAUCUACUAGCUGGCUGUCGCGAGCCGUGAACGUCCUCUGGCCUUUCGUGCCUGCCGCCAUCGCCGUCCACUACGCCCUUGAGGGGAACCACGUACUCAAGUUCAGUUUAUCCUACAUCGCCAUGGUCCCGUGUGCCAAUCUCAUCGGCUUCGCCGGCCAGGCGCUGGCGAAGAAGAUGCCCCAUACGCUAGGCGUUUUGGCCGAGACCACCAUCGCCUCGACCGUCGAGAUUAUCAUGUUCAUGGUCCUCCUGGAUCAGCACCAGUACUACGUCAUCCAGGCCGCCAUCCUCGGUUCGAUUUUGGCCACCAUGCUGCUGUGCUUGGGACUGUGUUUCUUCACCGCUGGCCUGCGACGCAUCGAGGCCACGUUCCACGCCGCUGUCAGCGAAGUCGGCUCUAAUCUUCUGCUUAUCGCUGGGCUCGGCCUCGCCAUCCCUACCAUCUUCCAGCGCUCUAUCCUUAGCACGGGCUUCAAUCUCACCACCGAGGAGAUCGACUCUAGGGUGCUCGACAUCUCUCGCAUCAUCGCCAUCCUCCUGAUCCUCGCGUACGCCCUCUUCGUCUUCUUCCAGAUGCACACGCACCACGGAAUCUUCGACGCCAUCUUCGAACACGACGAGGAACGAGAUGCCGAUCGCCACGAGGAACGAGACCGGGACAAGUUAACGUUUACCGAGUGUGUCAUCGCCUUGGCUGUUUCGGUGGCUCUCGUGACGAUCAUCGCCAUCGCGCUAGUUAGCGAGAUCCCGUACAUAGUGGAAGAGAAUCACGUAUCCGACCCGUUCAUGGGCUUGAUCUUGGUACCUCUGGUCGAGAAGGCGGCCGAACACCUGACGGCUAUCGACGAGGCCUGGGACAAUCAGAUCAACUUCGCCCUGUCCCACUGUAUCGGCUCCACCAUCCAAACCGCCAUGCUUAACGCCCCGCUGGUGGUCAUCGUCGGAUGGGGCUUGCACCUCCCGAUGGACCUGAACUUCGAACUCUUCGACAUCGCACUGCUGAUCCUAUCCAUCAUCACCGUCGGCAACUUCUUGAGGGACGGCAAGAGCGACUAUUUGGAGGGCUUCUUGUGCGUCAUCGUCUACGUCUCGAUCGCCGUCGCCUCCUAUUACUUCCCGAACCCCCACGACGCCUUAUCGAACUCGGGAGGCCAUUAAGUAAAGGAAUUCCCGCAUCUAUUGCCGGGGCCCCUCGGACGCGGCCCCGAGACCAUGCAUCUAUCAAGCCAGGCGUUUGGAGGAGAAAGUUAUUCUGAAAUCAUAGCUUUGCCGAGACUGCGGAUUG